GAGACGGAGCGAGCAAGAGACAGAUWGACACUAGUGCUGGUUAGGAGAGCGGGCUGGAGACAGACAGACACUAGUGCUGGUUAGGAGAGCGGGCUGGAGACAGACGGACACUAGUGCUGGUUAGGAGCGAUGUGCUACUUACUACUCUGAGGAGCUGAAGCACCCUGUGGGCCUGGUCUGGACCUACUAUUCUGACUCUGGACUCCCUGAUGACCUAGGACCCAGGAGGGCUCACUGAGACUGGGUUCCUCAGAACCCCUUCCCGCUGCCCUCCCAGACACAGGCAAUGAGACAUGGACUGGCCCACAAAUGACAGUCAACUGAAAGAUGAGGGCUGCCUGCAGCAGUGGCUGGAGGCUUUUGUGUCUUCCUUUGAGAAGCUUGUUGAUGUGCAGUCACUGGAGCAUCGCAGGCUGGAGAACUAUAUUGCGGAGGUUCCCCUCGUACCCAGGGACGUACUGGUGUUCUUCAGUGACCAGCUAUCGCACAGUGCCAUUCACCUCUCUGGGGGUGACAGUACAACAGCACCCUGCACCUCUCUGGGGGCGACAGUAACAACAGCACCCUGCACCUCUCUGGGGCGACAGUAA